UAAAAUAAUUCAAUGUAGAAUACUUAUAUACAUGACUUUAAAUCCGAGUAAAAAUCAAUAAUGGUAUAAAUACAUUGAUAUCAAAGUAAUUAAGGUAUAUGAAAAUACAGUAACAUGAAUCUGUUUAAUAAACGUCUGUUAAACACUGGAAAAAAAAAAUCUUUUUUGUAGCUAGAACAAGUAUACGUGGGUGGCCUGUUGCAACUGGUCUUUAGAAACGCGACAUGCUGGCGCCUAUCAUGCUGGGCUUUUUUCCCUCCAGUACAGCCAGUCCUAUGAGCCAUAGAAGCUUGUUGCGACCAGUCAUCAUCGAUGCGACAUGCUGGCGCCCUGUAGUAUCUGGAAGCAAUCACGAGUCACUCUUAAGUUGUUUGUUGCAACUAGUCUUUAUCAGCGCCUACUGGGUUUUUCCCCAGUACACAAGUCAGUCAGCCCUAUGAGUCAUCAUCGAUGCGACAUGCUGGCGCCUAUUGUGUCAGGGUGAUUCUUGGUAAACAGAUAAGGCAUCCAGCCCUGACUACCUCGUGACCUUUGCUCAGGCUCCCUCCGAAAUUAUCUCAGCCAAUCAGAUGCUUGGAAUUUCUGUAUGCCCAUAUAUGGAUUAGUGAGUCAACCACUGCUGCUGCUGGGACUAUAAAAGCAGGCAAGCAAGGCCAACCCAUUUCAUUCGCUGUUCAUCUGCCGACCUGACUACAAGUUCUUCGCUGCUCGUGCGCUUCUGCCCAUCGACUUCGAGAGCUUGUGGAUUAGUGUUCCCAGUGACUUCGAGUGCUUUUCAUCGUUACUACUUCAUCAUUCGUCAUCUCUAAGGUUUCCUCCUCGUCUCUUUCAACGUCGAGCUGCCACCGCAUGUUCCGUUGGGAGAUUCCUGUUGAGAUGUCCUGCAUCAUCAACAUCAUCGACAUCAUCAUCAUGGACGGCAAGACAUCCGGAGUUGCUGCUUCUUCUGCUUCUUCUUCUUCUGGGGAACUUUCGCCGGUGUCCUGGAGCGAGUACACGCUCGAUUUGCCUGACAUGCAGGAGGAACCAACAGAUGAGGAGGAGGGCGCUGCCGUCGAUGAGGGACUGUCUCUUCAAAAUGUCAUUGAAGAGGUGCGCGCCUUUUGGGAAGAAGUUGCUGCGGAAAGAAUAGCCAUGCAAGAUGCGUGGAACAUGGACAUAACUGCUGUUCUGCACGAACUCAGGAGGCUUCGGGAAGAAGUGGAAGAUAUCCAAGAUGUGAUUCGUCGUGAAAAGAAUACGAUUCGAAAAUAAUUUUGUACAUAUAUAUUAAUAAAUAUGGUGAUUGUUCAAAAAAUGGUGUACGUUAUUUCGUGGUUUUAGUUCCUUGGUACCAAUAUAUAUAAAUAAAAAACAUAAGUAGCAUGGUUGUAAAAAAAAUAACUAAAAGGAUGGUCUAGUGGUUAUCACUAAAAUAUUUUAAAGUUUGUUAUUAAGGUAUGCAUAAGUAUUACAUUGAACAAUAUGUACAACACUAGAAGGAAACUAAU